CCGCCAUGCCAGUUGAGGGCGCGGCGCCCGGAGCUCCCGGCGCGUCGGGUGGGAGCAGGGCGCAUGCGCGGCGCCGCGCUGCGGGGCUAUGGACUGGGCGCAGAGCCUGCGGGGCCGCCUGGCCGCCCGCCGCCUCCCCAAAAAGAGCGAGCAGGAGCUCAAGGAUGAAGAGAUGGAGCUGUUCACAAAGUACUACAUGGAAUGGAAGGGGGGAAGGAAAGGCGGCAACCCGUCAUACACAAACAUCCCGCGCUUCUACUACAGGCUGCCAGCAGAAGAUGAAGUCUUGCUUCAGAAAUUAAGAGAAGAAUCUAGAGCUGUCUUUCUGCAAAGAAAAAGCAGAGAGCUGUUGGAUAAUGAAGAGCUGCAGAAUCUCUGGUUUCUCCUGGACAAACAUCAGACAUCACCAAUGAUUGGGGAAGAAGCAAUGAUCAAUUACGAGAACUUCUUGAAAGUUGGUGAAAAAGCUGGACCUAAAUGCAAGCAGUUCUUCACAGCCAAGAUCUUUGCUAAAUUACUCCAUAACGAUCCUUACGGGAGGAUAUCCAUCAUGCAGUUUUUCAAUUAUGUCAUGCGAAAAGUGUGGCUUCAUCAGACAAGAAUUGGUCUCAGCUUAUAUGAUGUGGCAGGACAGGGUUACCUCAGAGAGUCAGAUUUAGAAAACUAUAUUUUGGAACUCAUCCCUACUUUGCCACAGCUGGAUGGUUUAGAAAAAUCUUUUUAUUCUUUUUAUGUCUGCACAGCAGUUAGAAAGUUCUUCUUCUUCCUGGAUCCUCUCAGAACAGGGAAGAUAAAGAUACAGGAUAUUCUAGCUUGCAGCUUCCUGGAUGACUUACUGGAGUUAAGGGAUGAAGAACUCUCUAAAGAAAGUCAGGAAACAAAUUGGUUUUCUGCUCCUUCUGCGUUAAGAGUUUAUGGGCAGUACCUAAACCUUGAUAAAGAUCACAAUGGCAUGCUCAGCAAAGAAGAACUGUCCCGAUAUGGAACAGGGACUCUAACCAACAUAUUUUUGGAUCGUGUUUUUCAGGAAUGCUUAACUUAUGAUGGAGAAAUGGACUAUAAAACCUACCUGGACUUUGUACUUGCAUUAGAAAACAGAAAGGAGCCUGCAGCUCUGCAAUAUAUUUUCAAACUGCUUGAUAUAGAGAACAAAGGAUACCUGAAUGUCUUUUCCCUUAAUUAUUUCUUUAGGGCUAUUCAGGAACAAAUGAAAAUUCAUGGACAAGAACCAGUUUCUUUUCAGGAUGUGAAGGAUGAAAUCUUUGAUAUGGUAAAGCCUAAGGAUCCUUACAAAAUCUCCCUUCAGGAUUUAAUCAAUAGCAGUCAAGGAGACACUGUUACCAGCAUUCUAAUUGAUCUGAAUGGGUUCUGGACGUACGAGAAUAGAGAGGUCCUUGUGGCAAGUGAUAAUGACAGCACUGCUGACGUUGAUGAUACGUGACUUUGAACAGGAGUAGACUGUAUCCAUUGAGCUCUCUAACUGAAGCAUUCAUUAACUGUUGGAAGCUGGAAACAUUCAUUAUUUGAAUCGAUGCCUCUUCCAUUUUACUCCUCCCCACCUUAUUCCCCCUCAAGCAUAUAAUAUAAAAUGUGGUACAGAGGAAUUGCAGAACUAAUUCCUGAAAACAAACCAGCAAGUCUUGUUUAAGAGGUAGCUAUGAUCUGGUGUGUGUGUGUGGUGUUUUUUUAAAAUAAAUAUUUGUGGACAAAAGCCUUUUUUUAUUAUUUAAGCACUCUAAUAUAGAAUGUGAAUUUAUCCUGAAAGUGAGAACGUGUUUCUUUGGUAUCCUCAGCACUGCCCUGUAUCCACACAGCCAUUCAGCCUCCCUCAGCACUCCUUGUGGCUUCAUGUAAUGACAGCACUGUUACGCAUCCUGUUGUAAAGGCAAAGGUCUUCAGCAAGACGUAAACAGCUUAGGCAUUUUUCUUGAUUUAUGUCUAGCUUUGUCUGGCAGAAAGGGGAACUAUUCAGUCAGCUCAACAUUUAUUUAUUUAUCUACUCUGAAGCGAUUCAUGGACAGAAAUGGAACCACCCUAGCUGUAGGUCUGGUUUAAAAAUACCUGCAUAAAGGCUUUCACCAACUUAAAUUACAUAAAAUAGUUGCACAGGAGGUUAACUACAGCUGUAGCUCAGCUAUAUAAUUAAAGAAUAAGUGUUUUUACUGAUUUAAUGAAUUUAUGUAAAUGUUCCAACUCUCAGAUAAAUUUAGAAAGGCUGCAGGCCAGAAAUGGUUGUAGUCUUCCACUAUUUAUUAGGUUGGGUAGUGCUGAGCAUGUCAAGUACAUUAACAAAUACUGCAAAAGGUUGUAAGGAAGGGGGGGCAGUGUAUCUUGAAUUCCAGUGCCUAGAUGUUCUACCAGGACUCCCAUGACUCAAGAACAAUGCAAAGUGAACAAGCAUCUAUUCCUGGGUGUAGGCAUAAACUUUCAAAGACCACACAGUUUCAAAGGAAAAGCCACAGCCAAUUUUCAGUUCAAAAAUCAUAUUAAAUAUAAAAUAACCAAUUAAUGCAUUUACAGAAAAACCAUUAUGAAAGUAAUCACUUUCAUACAGUUUGCAAAAAAACGGAUGGGAAGGAUUAAGUUAAGGCACAGUGAGUAAUACAGCAUUUUAUACAAAGAAGUUUAACCCCGAGGCAGUGAGACCAUUUCUGAUGCAACAGAUAGUUGGGAAAAAAUAAAAUACAACUGACAUUUUCUCUGCAGAAAAGCAAAGCAUCCUUCAGCUCUGCCGUUUCUACUCUUGAGCUAGGGGCUGCUUUUAUCUUUGCUAUAGUACAAGAACUCCCAACACGAUCUUUUUCUCUGUAUUCCCCACAUGAUGAACCAUACUCUCCCUUGCAGAUGUUCAGGGCUAUGGAAUGAUUUUAACCAGCUGUCAGCACCCUCUGCAUUGCAAUUCAAAAAGGCAAAGAACAGAGCAUCAAAACAGAUCAAACAGAGCAGAUGACACAAUCUUCCUCAGAAGAUUUGCUGUGGUGCUGGAAUGCUAGGGGCAGAUGAGAAAGAGUUUGAGUUGUACGUGAUGCUAGUUCAGGCAGAGAGUUGUUUGAAAUACGUAACUGAGCUCUGCAAACUAAUAGCUGAGCUUCCUGGCCUGUGCUAUUCCAGCAGUCUCCUCAGUUAGCUGGCAGUGGCACCAAGGCCAGGCAAGUGUGAUAAUGCCCAACCUAAACUUUCUCUGAAGCCUCUUCAGGUUUAUUUUUAGAAGUCUCAAGGACAAAAACAACAAUCCCUACAGUAACUAGUACAGGUCUUCCGCUCAUUUAUCAACAAACUUUCUGCAUAGACAGUGACUGCGACACGGUUGUUUGUCUGCCUGCCGGACCAGUACCUGAUUGUCCCAAAGCAAACCAUUCACCUUCUACAAGGGUAGGAUCACAGUCACUGCGCUAAAAUUCUUUUAAUUGAAUGGUAUUUGGGGCUGGUCAUAAACUGGAGCUACCUGCAAAAACAAGUAUUAUUUCACUAUUGAAACAAAUGCUUUUCAUGUUAUAAGAAGUCAUAAGCCUGGUUUUCUAAUCUCCAGUUACAUAUAUAUUCUGCACUAGAGGGGACAAGAUACCUGCAGUGGCCCAUUUCUUAUUCAUAAUUAAACAUUAACCUUAACUGGGCUAUUUGUUUAAUCAAGUACACUGACUCAGGUAACCUAUGUUAAAGUUUUUGUAGUUAGAGACUGGUACCAUACACCAAGUCCAGUAAUUGAUUAUAAUUUAGCAAGACUUCAGUUUACGUCCCAGGCCAAUUCAGAGCAGGUAAAGAAUCUAUAUUAAUUCUUGGAUUUGGAGUGACAGCAUCUUACACUGAUAGUGUUCUAGUUCUGUACUUUGCUACAGCACUGAAUGGCACAGCUGAACACUAUUAGCCCCCAAGAGUGCUUGUACUAGUUCAUAAAUACUUAAGGGUGUUUACAGCCUCCUUUAGAGUUAAAAAA